CCCCCCGUGCUUUCUUCUCUUCUUCCAAUACACAAUACAAUCACUACCAUACAAUCACUACCAUAGUAUUUCUCACAACCUUACAACAUUCACUUGGUUGGCGUCUUUUGGUUAGAAAGAGUACAAAUCUUGAAUCGAUUUUUGGAACUCAUCUAAACAUUAUACGAAACAGCAAAAUCAACCACUUUCAAGAUGUCUGUCGUCUCACUCCUCGGUGUCAAUGUCCUCAACAAUCCAGCCAAAUUUGGGGAUCCUUAUGAGUUUGAGAUCACUUUCGAGUGUCUUGAGGCAUUGCAAAAGGAUCUCGAAUGGAAAUUGACCUAUGUUGGUUCUGCCACGUCCGAUGAACAUGAUCAAGAACUCGAUUCUCUCCUUGUCGGUCCUAUCCCAGUCGGCACAAAUAAAUUCCUCUUCCAGGCAGAUGCCCCAGAUACCAAGCGAAUCCCAGAUGCAGAAAUCCUCGGUGUUACCGUCAUUCUUCUUACUUGCGCCUACGAUGGUAGAGAAUUUGUUCGAGUUGGAUAUUAUGUCAACAACGAAUAUGAUUCUGAGGAAUUGAAUGCCGAUCCCCCCGCCAAGCCACUCCUAGACCGAGUCAAGAGAAAUGUUCUUGCUGAGAAACCCCGUGUCACUAGAUUUGCUAUCAAGUGGGACUCCGAUGCAUCUGCUCCUGCUGAAUUCCCCCCUGAACAACCCGAGGCAGAUUUGGUCGCCGAUGGAGAAGAGUACGGCGCCGAAGAAGCUGGAGAGGACGAGGACGAGGAAGUUGAGGGAGAGGAAGGUGGCACAGCUGACCCAGAUGCAAUGGAACAAGAUUUAGAGAUGGCUGGCGUAGAAGCUGAGGGAGUUGCCGCUGAAGAAACUGGUGAUGAGAGUGAAGAUCUUGAGGCUGAGAGCAGUGGCGAAUCCGAUGAGGAAGUUGAGGAAGAAGAAGGUGCUGGAGAUGAUGACAUGGAGAUGGAUGGCGUUGAGAAGCCAAUCUCCGGAAAAAGUGGUGCCGUUACACAUCAAGUUGAUGUUGUCAUGGCCGCCUAAUUUCAAUACCCCAUACCCCAUACCCCAUACAUAGUUUUUGAUUUUAGAAUUCAUUGAGCGCGUUACGAUAGGUUAUGACUGGUAGGAAAACAGAUAUCAAGAUAGCUACAUGAUGAAUACAAAAAGUCAAUAAGGAUACCCUCGACAGGAAUCUCGAAUAGGCUUUUGAAUGCUUUUAGUAGAGCAUAAGAAUUAUGAACAUAUUUUCAUCUU